UCUACGUAUAACGAAAGCUACGAUAAAACCAUCGAUACAACGGCCGGUUCGUUGUUCCUGGUUUUGUUCCUUCUUUUCUGAACGACAUCAUUUUUAAGAGUACUAUGACCACUGAUCCAGAACGUGCCGGAGAUACUACUGAUACGGAAUCUGUUGAAGAUGAAGAUGAACGCAAUACUUCAGAGCUAGAUUCGAAAAAACUUAAUACCACUGAAAAAAUAAAUGCUCUACAAGAUCUCGUUUGUGCACCUGGGAUAGAGCAAAUGCAGUCGCUACCAGCACCUAUUAAACGUAGAAUUAAGGCUCUCAAACAACUGCAAUUGGUCACUACUAACAUUGAAGCCAAAUUUUAUGAAGAAGUACAUGCCUUAGAAUGUGCUUAUUACAAUAUGUGUGCACCGCUAUACGAGAAAAGAAGUCUAAUAGUUUCUGGUUCAUACGAACCAACAGAUGAUCAGUGUGUCUGGGAAAGUGAUGAAGAUGAAGAGGCCUUGGCAAAUGAAUUAAAAACGAAAGCAGAUCUUGAUGGUCCUCAGGAAAAAAAAGAGGAAACUGAAAAUGAAGAUGUUAAAGGAAUACCUGCAUUUUGGGUAACGAUAUUUAAAAAUGUUGGAAUGUUGGCUGAUAUGGUACAAGAACAUGAUGAACCAAUUUUAUUACAUUUAAAUGACAUCAAAGUGAGAUUUUUAAAAUCUAAUCCAAUGGGUUUUGUCCUUGAAUUCUAUUUUGCACCGAAUGAAUAUUUUACCAAUUCUGUUCUUACUAAAGAAUAUAUUAUAAGAUGUGUACCAGAAAAAAAUGAUCCAUUCAGUUUUGAAGGACCUGAAAUAUAUAAAAGCAAGGGUUGUGUAAUUGAUUGGAAAAAGGGAAAAAAUGUAACGGUCAAAACAAUAAAAAAAAAUCAAAAGCAUAAAUCUAGAGGUUCUAUGCGUACAGUAACAAAAACUGUUCAAAAUGAUUCAUUCUUUAAUUUCUUUAGCCCACCAGUUGUGCCAGAUGAUGCAGAAGCGGAGUUAGAUGAUGAAACUCAAGCUUUGCUUACAAGUGAUUUUGAAAUUGGACAUUAUAUUAGAGAACGUAUAGUUCCUAGAGCUGUACUUUACUAUACAGGUGAAGGAUUAGAAGAUGAUGAAGAUUAUGAAGAUGAAGAAGAGGAAGAUGAUAAUGAUGACAUUACAACUUCAGAUGAUGAAGAUGAAGAAUCUUCUCCGUUCAAUGCGUCUUCAGGUGGGAAAAAACAAGGCGAGGAUCCUAACGAAUGUAAACAACAGUAGAAUCUCGUAUGAAUUGCGAUAAAAAAAGAAAAAAAAAAUCAUUCGAGCGUUACAGUAAGCACGAAUAUACUAACGAAACCUGACCGAUAACUGCCUAGAUAUCCUGCACCUUCGGCUCCAACAUAAUCCACUUUGUAUGAACCAUCUAAUCAUAUCAUAUCUCCUAUUCCAGAUCAAGCCUAGACACUCUUCAACAUACCAGCGAUAAAAUUAUGCGUAUCCUCCCUCUAAAUCAACGUUAAUAAUGAAUAGUAUAUAGCUACUUACUGCUAAGAUCUAACAAUGUCAUAAGUGUAACAGUUAUGCUCUCAAUAUGAUUAUUGUCAUUUUUAA